GUGAAAAAUCAUGAAAAUGUUUAUAAUGUUAAUGAUGGCUACAGUUUUAUUUUGUAGUCUCCAUCAAGUGGUCAUGGCAAGAGAAGUCGUUGUGAACGUCAACAAUAACAUAAAUGACUUAAUUCCAUGUUGGCCAAUCGAAUGGCCGUGGUGCUCGUCACCGCCCCCACCACCAACACCAUCCCCUCCACCCUCACCAACAAGUUGCUUGGCUAGUGACCAAGAAAAGAUAAAAACAUGCAUGUUUAACACAACUUCAAUUGAUGAAUGUUGUCCCAUAUUUAAGAGUACACUUGGGACUAGUUGCCCUUGCUAUAAUUAUGCUGAGGAUUUGGAUAAUCAAGUCUUGAUAACUCUUGAUACUUAUUGUGAUAUCGAUAGCCCUUGUAAGAGCGUACAAGUGAUUAAGUUAUCCAAGGAGUAAAAUUAAGCUGCUUAAUUUCAAUCAUGUAAUAAAUAAUUUGAUGCUAAUUAGUAAUUACUCUUUAUAAGAGUACACUAAUUAAGUGUAAUGUUGGGUUUUAGUACUACUAAUAUAUUUUGGCAUAUGUAUCAAAAUCAUUAAUCCAUUAUUCUAUUAUUUCA